AUGGGCCAGUUAAAGAAGGAGCACAACAGAGUUAAGGCCUUGGGAGGCUCAAACGGCCUCGGAAACGUUAAGGUCAAGGGCGAGAACUUUUACAGAGAUGCCAAGGCUGCCAAGCAGGUCCAGCUCCUCAAGGGCGGUAGGGCGAUUCGCAAUGCUCAGGGCAAGGUCAUCAAAGCUGCUUCUUUCCAGAGCAAGGCUGUCGAGCCUGGCCGUGUGGCUCCCAAUCGCAAGUGGUUCGGUAAUACCCGUGUUAUCGGUCAAAAAGCCCUCGAGAGCUUCAGAGAGAACCUGGCUGCCAAGGUCAACGAUCCCUUCCAGGUCCUUUUGAAGCAGCACAAGCUUCCCAUGUCCCUUCUUCAGGAUCCCGUUCAUGUCGGUAAAAUGCAUGUGUUGGAGACAGAGCCAUUUAGCGAUACCUUCGGAAACAAGGCUCAGCGUAAACGCCCAAAGUUGGCCAUGGGAAACUUGGAGGAUUUGGCAGCGAAGGUCGAGUCGACAUUGGAGAACUAUGACGAGAAGGCUGACAAGAACUUGCAGUCGAAUGUGAUCACGGACUGGAUUGAAGAGGCCAGAGACAGCGUCUUCCAGAAGGGACAGUCGAAACGUAUCUGGGGAGAACUUUACAAGGUUAUUGAUUCCUCGGACGUUGUUAUUCACGUCCUGGAUGCCCGUGACCCUAUGGGCACCCGCUGCUCCAACGUUGAGUACCACAUCAAGAAGGAGGCUCGCCACAAGCAGUUGAUCUUCGUCCUCAACAAGUGCGAUCUCGUCCCCACCUGGGUCACUGCCAAGUGGGUCAAGGUCUUGUCCAAAGAAUACCCUACGCUCGCCUUCCACGCCUCUAUUAACAACUCAUUCGGUAAAGGAUCGUUGAUCCAGCUCCUCCGUCAGUUCUCUACCCUCCACUCGGACAAGAAGCAGAUUUCGGUUGGUUUCAUUGGUUAUCCCAACACUGGAAAGUCCAGCAUUAUCAACACUCUUCGUGGCAAGAAGGUCUGCAACGUCGCCCCCAUUCCUGGUGAGACAAAGGUCUGGCAGUACAUCACUCUGAUGAAGCGCAUCUACUUGAUCGAUUGCCCUGGAGUCGUCCAUCCCUCGACCACGGAUACCGAGACCGAUAUCGUUCUCAAGGGAGUCGUCCGUGUAGAGAACAUCAAGCAACCGGAUGAUUACAUUCCAGAGCUUUUGAGCCGUGUCCGUCCAGAGUACAUCCAGCGCACAUACGAGUUGGACCACUGGGAGGACUCUGUCGACUUUUUGACUCAGCUCGCCAAGCGCACCGGAAAGUUGAUCAAAGGAGGCGAGGCGGAUCUGGGCAGUGUCGCCAAGAUGGUUUUGAACGACUGGUUGCGCGGCAAGAUUCCUUAUUACACCGCUCCUCCUGAGGGUGACAAGCCCGGUGAAGAGGCUGUGGAAGAGGCCCCGAUUUAUAACAGCAUUGACCCAUCACUGCCUCAGGUCGAGCAGAUCUUCUCAAAGAUUCCCGUCAUGCAAAAAUUCAUGGCUGACGAUCUGGCUAAGAACGCGUCGUUGCUCGAGGAGGAGAAAAACAAGCGGGAGAGUAAUGCUCCUGAGGGUAUUUUGCCUGAUGAGGUCGAUGAGGAUGAUGUCAACAAGACUGAUGAUGAGGACGAGGACAAGGAGGGAAGUUUCAGCACAUCCACCAAGACCCGCAAGAGCAAGGCUCAGCUUCGACAGGAGAAGAAGGCCAAGAAGGAGACCAAGGCUGCAGUGGCCAAGGCUAGCAGCGCGAUUUCGGGCGAGAAGUUGGACUGGGAUGAUGUCUUUGCCAACGUUGUAGGAGAGACUGUGAACUCAAUCCCUGGACAGGAAGACAAUGACAGCGAGGAGGAUGUCGACAGUGAGCUCGAGCUUUCAGAUGAGGAGACCGAGCGUAAGCAGAGGAUCAAGAAGCGUGCCGCCUUGAAGCGCGUUGCAGCUGGACCUGCUGGAUUCGAGGUCAAGGACAUCAAGAAGACUGCAAAGGCUGGCAAGAGAAAGCAUGUUGAAGAGGAGGAGCAGAAGGAGGAGGAGAAAGAGACAAAGCCCGUGAAGGAGGCCCGUAUGACGACGAACAAGGGCAAGGUCGGUACUCAUUAUUAUGAGACUGCGAACGUCAAGAACAAGAACCGCAACAAGGUUAAGCCCGAGGAUCCCCAUAAGCUGGCAACAAAACUGCGCGACCAGGGCAAGAAGCGUCGCCAGUAG